AUGGUGACGCCGGACCUCGCCGUCGAGCCCCUCGACAAGGUCCGCCGCAUCUUCGACGUGAAAACGCUUGCCUGGUCCGCCGCCGACUCGAACUACUACUCCACCGCGGCGUCCGCGCGGAGAGGCGCGUCGCCCGUGGACAAGCGGGCGUCCUACGUCGACAACGAAUACAAGGCGCACGCGAAGCAGAUCGACGUUGAGAUCAACGGCGUCUCCGACGGCCCGAUGCUCCGCGCGCUGAGCUCCCUCGGCGGCUGCGUCGGCCUCGUCUUCGGCCAGUUUUCCGAGGCCUCCAAGGACGUCUCGUCCCUGCUCGCGGACGUCGCGACCGCGCUCUCCGAGUCGCGUUGGAUCUCCAUGGGCUGCGCGUGCCCCGACCAGGCGAAAGCCCUGCUCAGCAACGAGCUCCACCGCGAGUGGGGCACCACCGCCGCGAAGUACCGCGCGCGCUACCUGAUCUCCGGCCUCAAGUUCAAGCGCCUCGGCUGCGAGUGCUGCAAGAACCCGUGGAGCCAGGAGGGCCCGGCCUGCCUCGAGUGCGUCGCGGCGCCGGCGCCCCACGCGGGCCUCGAGGCGGCGAACUUGGACGUGUCCGUGAGCCCCGGCGCGAACUUCUUCCGCUACGCCAACGGCGGCUGGAUGGACGCGAACCCCGUGCCCAAGGAGUACCCCGCGUGGAACUCGUUCUUCGCGCUGCACGACGCCAACUUGGGCAAGCUUCGCUCUUUGAUGGAGGAGACGGACGACGCCAAGGUGCGCGACUUCUGGGCGUCGGCGAACGACGAGGACGCCAUCGAAGCCGCGGGCCUCGGCGCGCUCGACGGCGUGCUCGCGGUCUGCGACGGCGACGACGUCACCAAGGCGCUCGCGGAGCUCCACGCGCUCGGCGUCGGCGCCGUCUUCUCCGCGUCGUGCAUCGACUCCACGGCGACGCCCGAGGCCGUCUUCGCGCGCGAGGUCGCCAAGCUCCAGGCCGAGCAGUUCAAGCCCGCGGAGCAGCUCACGCUCGAGCCCUACGAGCGGGACCACGCGGUCGUCGUCGGCCAGUACCGCACCUGCACGAUCUGCGGCGCCGACAAGGCCAAGGCGUGCAAAGGGUGCGGCACGACGGCCUACUGUUCGACGGACUGCCAACGCAUCGACUGGCGCGACCGGGGCCACCGGAAGGUCUGCAAGAAGAUCCAGGCCGCGGAGGCGGCGCGGGCCGAAGCGCCGACGCCCCCGCCGUCGCCGCCGCGGGACGUGUUCUACGGCCCCGCGCCGCGGUCGCACGCCGACGAGGUCCGCGCGCGCCUCCGCGAGCGGGACGAGGCCGCCCGCGUGCUGCGCAAGGCGAACCCGGAGCCGGCGCCGCUGUCAGCGCGGUACGGGUCGCGGUGCCCCAUCUGCCUCGAGGAGUGGGACGUCUGCCAGUCGUGCGAGGACAAGAUCGGAAACGCGUGCCCCCUCUGUCGUGUACCGCUCGCAGAAAAUGAAGCGGAAGACCUCGCCCGUCUGCGCCGCCAUGUGGAGAACGAGGUGCCGGAAGCGAUUACGUUUUUGGGAACUGCGUACAAUCGCGGUUGGUACGGCCUCGUGAAAUCCGAUAAGAAAGCCGCGAAGAUUUGGAAGCGCGCCGUGGAGCUCGGGAACGUGGACGCGAUG